AUGAACAUUUUCACGGAUACCGGGGGACAUGAUCGUCUCUUACUUAUUUACCGCCCUUUCACUAUCGAAGAAGAAGAAGAAGUAGUGACCUUCUCUGAGGAGGAAGAUGUCAGCUCUGAAAAAGACCAGAAGUUUCCACAUUGGUCCCCGUCUCGAAACUUCAAUGAAGGCAGACGCGUCCCUCCAGCCAGGAACAUGAAGGGCUUAUCGGGCAGCCGCUCCCAGCACCAGAUCCCUUUACCCUAUGGCUUGGACUAUGACCCUCACGUCCAUGACCUCCAUGCUCACCAUGGCUCUGAGUCCCGCCACCCGUCCUACCUGCUCAGCCCGACAGAGAGCUGCCCCACGGACUUCCACCACCGCUACUCCCCCCGUAGCUCCAUCCACUCUGACUGCAUGAUGAUGUCCCCUGUCAUGAUGCCCCCAAAUGCUGCAUCGGACCACAUCUCCAGCAGCACCUUUCCAAGAAUGCACUACAGCUCUCAGUAUUAUGACUCAGCCACAAGGGAUGACUGUGCUGCCAUUACAGCCUCUGCCACCUCCCCAGCUGUUGCUGCUGCUGCAGCUGCUGCCGCUGCCUCCUCCCAUCUCUCUGGCACCAAAAGCAACCGCCUUCCCGCUAACCUACUAGACCAGUUUGAGAAACAACUGCCACUUCACCGCGAUGGCUUCCACACAUUACAGUACCAGCGCACCUCCACCACCACUGAGCAACGCAGCGAGAGUCCUGGCCGCAUCAGACACCUUGUUCAUUCUGUCCAGAAGCUCUUCACAAAAUCCCACUCCCUGGAGGGAUCGUCCAAGAUGAAUGGCACAAAAAGUGAUAUUGUAGGAGGUGGAGGAGGAAUGGGGGGUUAUCACCAUCAUGGCCACCACUCUGUUAAACAUGGUAGCAAGAGGAGCAAAAGCAAAGAACGAAAGCAUCGCUCAGGUGGCUGGUGGAGCUCUGACGACAACCUGGAUAGUGACAGCACCUACCGCACACCCAGUGUCAUGUCCCGACAUCACGGGGAACAUGUCGGCCACUGCUACCCUGAUUCCAUACACAGUCACCACUUUGGAGAUCUGUCACUCAAGACCUCCAAGAGCAACAAUGAUGUCAAGUGCUCGGCCUGCGAGAGCAUGGCCAUGGCGCCGGAGGGCAAAUUCAUGAAGAGGAGCUCCUGGUCGACACUUACUGUCAGCCAGGCAAAGGAGGCCUACAGGAAGUCAUCACUAAAUCUAGAGAAACCCAUGAUGCAUACAGACCUCAAGCCUUCAUCACGAACAUGUCACUACCUGCAGGUGCCCCAGGAUGAGUGGAGUGGAUACCCCGGUGAAAAGGAUGAUGAGAUACCAUGUCGGCGAAUGCGCAGCAGUAGCUAUGUCAAAGCUAUGGGAGAAGUGGAUGAUGACAGUGGUGACUCUGAGACCAGCCCUAAGACCUCCCCACAAAAGUCCAUACGGCCUGAUGCUCUCGUCCUCAAAUCAGCCAUGCAGAGACCCCAUUUAGACCCCCAAAGCCACGGCUACCACUUGCAAACCAGGGAUAUGAGGCCCCACCCAAGUGUCACGCUGGACCCUGCCACCUUUCAUCCCCCACCCUUUCGGUCUCGCAACCAGAGCUACAUGCGUGCCGUCAGCACCCUCAGUCAGGCUAGCUGCGUCAGCCAGGUGAGUGAGACUGAGAUCAAUGGCCAGUUUGAGUCAGUUUGCGAGUCCGUUUUUAGUGAAGUAGAAUCCCAGGCCAUGGAGGCUUUGGACCUGCCUGGUUCGUUCCGCACUCGAAGCCACAGUUACCUCCGUGCUAUUCAGGCUGGUUAUUCCCAAGAUGACGACUGCUUGCCUUCAAUGACAUCCUCCACUGUCACUUCAACUCUCAGAUCCACAACAGGCAUCCGUAGCUUAGCUGGGGGGCGUAGAGAGUACGGUAGGUCUGGGAUUCAGUUUCGUCUCCCUACUUCGUGCAGUGUGGACCGCGCUCAGCCACCUCCAGCGGUAUCAUUUCCUACCAGUUACAAGAAGACUCCACCUCCUGUGCCCCCGCGCACCACCACCAAGCCUCUUAUCUCUGUGACAGCCCAGAGCAGCACAGAGUCCACACAAGAUGCCUACCACGAGGGCAGGCAUCCACGGGGCGGUCUGUGGACCACGGAUAGCCUUGGCCGUCCUCUCUACAGCUCCAUGGACAGCCUGGACAGCACCAAGGCGGUCACCAUGGCCAUGGAGUCAGCAGCAGGCAAGAGGCACGCAUCUUUGGGCAGCCACACAUCUGUCCAGACGUGCGACAAAGCAGUGCUGGUGUCCAAAGCCGAGGAGUACCUCAAAACCCCAAGAUCCUCUAUUGGCAUACAGGUGGAAACUGUGACGGACUCUGAGACUGAAAGUAAAGGCCUUCCUCAGUUCCAUUCUAUAGGGAUCCAGGUGGAGGAUCAUAAAAGGCAUGGGAGAUUUAAGCGCUCUAACAGUGUAACGACAGCAGUACAAGCAGACAUGGAGCUGGAGGGUUUCCCCUCCAUGGAAGACAAGGGCUUGCAGUUUGGGGGCGGCUUCGGUCGCCACUCCGAGCCCAGCACACCUACGCAGUACGGUGCCAUCCGCACGGUGCGGACGCAAGGACUGUUCAGUUAUAGGGAGGACUACCGGGCUCCCAGCGGGCCUUCCAGCCCUCAGCGUGAACCCUGGCUGGUCGAACCCAGUCUGGAGAGCACCGACACAGGAAGAGUGUCUCCCAUCCGCAGAGACGGCAGCUGGUUCAUGCAACUCCUUCACAAUGAAACCAAACGUCUGGAAGGGUGGUGCAAAGAGUAUGAGAGAGAGGCGGAGGAGCAUGACCUGUCAGAGGAGAGUGAGUGUCCUGAGGGAAACUACAUUCAUGUCAAAGCAGUCCUAGGAAAAAUCCGGAGCGCAGUUGGAAGUGCUCAGCUACUUAUGUCUCAAAAGUUUCAGCAGUUUUACUGGCUGUGUCAGCAGAAUCUGGACCCCAGUGCCAUGCCCAGACCCACAUCUCAGGACCUGGCUGGAUUCUGGGACCUCUUGCAGCUUUCCAUCGAUGACGUCACUGCCAAGUUUGAUGAGCUGCUGCAGAUCAAGAAUAACCAGUGGCAGCUGGUGGAGAGCCCAGAGAAGAAGGAGCGGAAGUGGCCCCCACCAUUGCCAAAGCGGCCGGCCAAGGGACGUGGCGGCGUGAUGCGAGAGCGCUCUCUGGACCUUCAGGACCGCCAGCGACAGGAAGCCCGCAGACGCCUCAUGGCUGCCAAACGAGCAGCUUCUUUCAGACAGAACUCAGCCACAGAGAGGGCAGACAGCAUUGAGAUCUACAUCCCUGAAGCCCAGACGCGACUUUGA